AUGCUGCCCUGCCUCACUCUGCUUCUCCUGAUGGGGCUGUCUGUGGGCACCACGGCAGGUGACAGUGGAGAGGAACUGGCACUCAGUGCUGAAGCAGGACUCUUGGAAGGUGCUGUCCCCAGCAUUCAGCUCCAGCUUCAGGAGGUGAAGAGGGGCAAGGCAAGCCGCCAGUUCUUCGGGCUGAUGGGGAAGCGGGUAGGAGGCAGAAAGAAUGAGGACCAAAGCUCAGAAUGA